CCGUUUUCUCUGCUUACAGUUUUUUAAGCUUGUUUCCUUUGUGUUUUGCUUGACUAUAAUUAUUUUAUUAAUUGAUAAAAAAAUAGUGCUGUGUCAUAUUAUAUAAAUGUUAGUGUUACAAAAUUUGUAAAAUCACAUAUAAAUCUGAAUUUUAAAGGUGUUUGCAAAAUGUGUCUCAACAGCAGAGUAAUUGAGAGGAAUCAAAAUGGAGGAGCAGGCAUACCUGGUGCGUCCACGUUCUGACUCAGAGAGCUCCUUCAAGCUCGGGAGCUUUGGGUCAACAUCACACACCAUGACAUACACUGAGGAUAGACUUGCAGAUGCAGACGGUGAUGGUGAGCGUGGACCGGCUCCGAACCUGCCGGUGCCUCCACCAGAUAACGUGGAAGUAAAUGAUAGCGGAGAACUCCUGGACUACAAUGACUCUAGCGUGCUGGAGCAGUUUCAUGAAGAUGCGUUGAGACAGGCUGGCUGUGGACUAUCCCAAGGCAAGGUUAUCCUGGCGGUGGGCUUGGCAGUGAUUGGCUCUGCGUUAGAACUGUCCGCCAUCACAUUCGUGUUGCCAUCCGCUGAGAUUGAGCUCUGUGUGUUGCCACAUGAGAAAAAUUGGGUUGUGAUGAUAAGCCUGAUGGGUGGGUCGCUGGGGGCUGCAGCCUGGGGCUCGCUGGGUGAACGGUUGGGCCGACGUCGCUGCCUGCUGUCGGCGCUCGCGGUCAACUGCAUGUUCGCGGCCAUUGCAGCCGUCAUGCCCACCUACGGCACCUUCAUGAUGGCCAGAUUUUGCUCGGCCAUCGGGUCUGGUGGGAUUCUGCCCACCGGCUACACGUACUGCGGCGAGCUGGUGCCUCGCGCGCGCCGUCUGCUGUGGCUGGCGGCUCUGCCCCUGUGCACAGGGGCUGGUCUUCUACUGGCCGUCGGCCUGGCGCGAGCUAUCCUGCCUCUCACCGGGCCCGAGGCUCUCAUCGAGAACAAGGAGCACUUCAGCGCGUGGCACAGAUAUCUACUCCUGUGUAUGCUGCCACUGCUCGCGUCGCUCAUCAGUCUGAUCUGGACACCGGAGUCGCCUCGCUUUCUGCUUGACGUAGGUCGGGAAGUAGACGCCAUGAUGGUCUACCAGAGUUUACACAGCGGGAAUCAGAUCAACGUGAGUGUCUGUGCGAAAGCUGGCGCCACCGACUCGGAGUACCGACUGGGGGAACUGUCGCUGCCCGGGAAGCGGAGACCGCCGGCGCUGCAUCACAUCAGGCACAGUGUUAAAAUGUUCUGGCUCGCGUUCUUCCAACUGUUCUCCAACACGUACAAGAACAACACUCUGUCACUCGGUGGCACUCUGCUCUUCUCCAUGGCAAUACUGUUCUACCUGUCCGCCUACGUACCGUCAACGGUGCUGCACAUGGAGAGCGUAGCCUACCACCAAUCCAAGCGAGACAUCUCGAACGUGACGUUCGCGGAGGAGCACUACAACGUGACGCUCGAGAACACGGACUACACGCGCGUCACGUUCCGCAACGUGACGUUCCGGGACAUGCUGCUGUCGCACGUGUCGUUCAUCAACUGCUCGUUCGUGAACGUCGUGUUCUCGAACAUCAAGACGUCGUACACGAGCUUCAAGGGAUCGCUUUUUGUUAAUACCACCAUGAUCGACACGGACAUAGAGGUGGGUGUGGAGGUGGAUGCCGCCUGCACCCUGGUGGCCAGCACCAUCCGCGGCAUGCGCGGCGGCUGCGCCCGCGCAGACCUGGCCACGUCGCUGCGCGCGCCGCUCGCCGAGCAGGCGUGGGGUGCGCAGGCCGCGCUGCUGGCCGCAGUGCCCGCUGCGCUCACGAGUCACGCGGCAAUCCUAUGCGGCGCACUAGUGUUGCUGUCUCCUUCGCUCUACUUCGCGGAGGUAGAGAUGGCGCUAUACGUGGUGGAAGCCGCGUACCGACUGGUUGUCACCGUUGUAUUCUUUGCAAUUAGUCUCAAAGUCGUCGAGUCUUAUCCGGCUAAUCUUAGAUGCACGGCUCACGGACUAAUGCUUUCCCUUACAUACAUGUGUGGCACUGGUGUUCGAGGUAUGGGCAAUUUGGGACCCCUAGCCAGUAGUAUACUGUGUGCAUUCUUCGCCAUCACAGCCACUGCGUUGGCUAUACGAAUACGAUAGACUGUACCGAAUGGGAUAACUCUCGAUGAUGUCUUGUUGCCAUUGAGUUUGGCAUAUCGUUUAUAUUAUAAGACAUCCUAAGCAUUAAAAUUUCACGGCAACAAUUUGGUCUGUAUUUUAACAAAUAUACCAAAUCUGGAAUGUCUCAAAUGUUGCAAAUUUGAUAAACUAUACUGGACGGGAAAAUAUUUUUGUCUUAGAUUGCGUUUGCUAAUACGAUGAACUUUAAAUUGAUUUAAUAUCCGGUUUGGUAUCUAAAAUUACUGAAUACUAAUAAUAAUACUGGCUUUAGUAAGAAAAAUUGUCACUUGUAUAAUUGGAUUUCGUUAGUUCGCCCAAGUAGGGUUGUCAACUACACUCUAAAAUACAGAAUCGUACUCUAUUUCAUGUAAGUCUUCGUCAUAGAGUACCCCUAAAUACUAUUUUUACUAAAAAAAAUUAUUGAAGUUACUUGGCGGUACUUGUAAAACAAGUAUAUUUUACACUGAGAAAGUAUUUUUUUUUGUAUAAGGAUAAUGCGCAUGGCUGGAAUAUGCCAUAAAGUCAUUUUAGACAGUAAAAAUAGUAUCCAAAUGUUUUGAGUUUUCUUUAGUGUUAGUCUCUUGCCAGAUUUUAGCGAGUCAACAUGUCCCGAUGAUGCCUCGUGUAGAAGCAAAACAAGUGUCGAAUUGUUUAAAAAGACAAAUAUUGGCGGAAUUAACACUAAAGAAUACUCAAAACAUUUGAAUACUAUUUUUACUGUCUAUGGCAUUUAAUGACUUUAUGGCAUAUGCCAGUCAUGCACAUUAUCCUAAUACAAAAAAAAAUACUUUCUCAGUGUAAAAUAUGCUUGUUGGUACGAAAGCCAUAAUAGUAUUGUGUUUCUGGACGCAGCACUAAUCACAUGAACGUUAAGUCAAUGUGAAGUUUUUGGAGAAAAAGAAUAUUAUUUUUAAACUUUAAAUAUGAAGUUAAAGAGAUAUAUAAAAUAUUAUGAUAUCGUUUUUCUUUAUCUGUGCUCUUUAUUGAACCCUCUCUGAAAUGAGGCACCUCUAUUUUUUCUAUUAAUAGUUGACAACCCUACGUCAAAGUGACAAAUUUUCAUACGACUUUUUUCUAUUACUGAAUGGGAAACGUUCCUAUAUUAUCAUCAUCAAAUUUCAUGUUUAUCCUAGGUUUAGAAGUAAUAGACAAUUCAUUAUAAUAUUUUAUUAUUUGAAUUGAAUUGAUUUGAACAAUUCGAAUUGUAAGUAAUAUUUAAUUAUAGCGACGCGAUGCGGUAGAUUUAGCUCUACACCAAAAUGGGGUAAUUACCCGAAAAUCAGACUCAUUAGUUAUAUUUUUUUAUUGUGAAAUUGGUGAGUCAUGCUCAAUAAGAAAAAACACGUUCUAGACAUAUCAUAAUUAUUAUUAUUUAGUUAAUUAUACUAGUUCGUCUAUUAUUUAACUUGAUAGCUAAAUUUUACAUCGUCUCAUUGGUUUUUAUUUAAAAUUCAUGAAUUUAUCAUCAUACGUCACAUUAAUAAGUAAGUUGUACGUGUUUUUAGUUUUAAUUUUAAACCUUAUGUACAGGCGAUAGAGCUCUUGUUGCGCUGUGGUGAUAAAAUUUGAAAAUUCCAAUUUGUAACCAAAAAAUUUCGAGAAUCAUUUCAAUCAAUCAAACGAUGCGGGACUCGCAUGGAACGCGAGAGGUCGUGGGUUCGAGUCGUUAAAAAAUGUUUUGAAUUUAAUUUGUGCAAUUAAUCCCAGAAGUGAGGUAAACUUAAAAAAUCUAUAAUUUUUUGAGAAUGAUUGAUUUUAGGACGAGUGACAUAAUAAUGAACAGUUAAAUUUGAUCGCGACUCUUUACAAAUAAGGUUUGGAUGUCUUGGGUGUUUAAAAAUAAUCCCAUUUACAUAAUAUACUAACGUAUAGGCGACCAGACAGCCCGAUAAUUCGCAUAAAUCAAAUCAAAAUCACUUUAUACAUGUAGAUCAGGUCAAUAACACUUAUGAAUGUCAAGUUUUCUUUUUAAAAUUUACCGCCACUUCGCAAAAGUUGGUUGCUUGGUGAGAAGAAGUUCAUCUGUAAAACAAAUCAUUUCAAUUAUAAUAGUUGUUAAUGUUUGCGCUACCUAGAGGUUAUAUUCAGAAUAUGAAGGAACUAAUUCCAAGCGUAAAUUGUUGCUCUUUCUCCGUUAAAGAUGAGCUCUCAUGGACGUUUUCUGAGUCUAUACGCUAUUAUCAGUCAAUGGUGAAAAAUCAGUGUAUGGCUGUGAAUAUCUUUCAAUGAGCAGAUAGUAUGGAGAGAUUCUAUGAGUUACUUUGAGUUAGGUGGUAACUUUCUGCUUCUACGAUGUCGUGCGCUUGAAAUUCGAGAUACCUGCAAUGAAAAUACAGUUUUUGUAUAAAAUACAAUUGAAAUGGACGCGUGUUAUUGUAAUUUAAUUUAAAUAUAAAUUAUUGCAGAAGUUAUCAAUAUAAAAUUAAUGAUUUUAGUUAUACUAACAUAUUUACUCCAUGACCCGCCAUAGUCUGUAGCGAGCUUUACUAUACUCUUUUGUUUAUGGUGUCGUUAUAUGCAUCUUAUGAAGCCUGUCGUAAUUAUGUACCAGACUUUUCUCAAUAGAUAAUCUUUACGUAAUGAAACUUAUUCCUGCGAUGUACUAAAUUAUCCUAAACAGUUAUGCCUUAGACUGGAUUAAUAACAUAAAAUUAAUUCAGCCUCUACCAUCUCGUCAAGUAGUUAUAAAUUUUAUUUAAGUAUUUAAACGGAGAAAUCAAUCCAUUACGUUUUCUGUGCAAUUCUUAUACAAAUUAGCAUAAAGAAAGCACGCAGUGAACAUGACAACAUACCCAAAUUCACCCUAAUUUUUAAUUUCGGUUAAUUAUUGCUAGUGCGAUACGAUAGUCGGAUUGUUGUUUUGUUUAAACAGACAGAGAACAUAACCAUUGUAUCUCGAUAUAUUUAAGCCGUUUAUCAUUAUGUGGUCAAACUCAUGCUCAGAACCUUCCAUGUCUGGCUUUAAAUGUUAGAGCGAAUGAGGUAAGUAAUUUAAUUUAUUGGAUUAAAAAAGCCACACAUUCACGCAUCGCUGUUACUGUUUUACCCUAAACAAAGCAAUAUUGAAGUUAAAAUUUUGUUAAGACUACUGUAUUGUACAAAAUUUGUGCUAAAUGAUAUUUUUUAUAAUAACUUUAACAAUACAUGCCGUUUAUGAAAAUGAAAAAAAUUUAUGACUGGGUGAUCUGGUUCUAGGAUCCCCAGCUGGUUGAAGAAUUUAUAAAGGAAUAGUUUGCGGGACGAGUUAAGGUGUGAACAAAAGCAUUGAUUGAAAGAGCAAGCGCACUUACCUGGAAUAUCACAGGGAUUGCAGAUGGUAUGCUCGUGCGUAGAUGAAGUCUCAAUGGUCUCUUGUUCGGGAACUGUUGGUUUUACACUUCACAAUAGGUAUCUAUAUAUUAGUCGAAUCACUUCUAAUAUAAUUUCAUACUAUCACUAGUAAAUGCGAUAAUUUUAUCCGAGCGGUCGAGGACCCACGCGGUCGGUAAUGAGUUGAUUUGUAGUGCGGUCAACGGUGCCGUACGAUUCACGAAUGACUUGCGUUUAUAACGGCGGCUGGAAGAUAACUGGCGUUGGGCGUUGAAUGAAUGAAAGAAUUCGAAUGAGGUUUAUGAACAUGAAAUUAGUUGAUUGGCUCGAAAAAUGAGAAACAUCAAAACAGCAGAUUAAUAACGGCAAAAAAAAUAUUAAUAAAAUAUGCUUCUUUAGGUAUAUAUUAAAAUUUAUUUUAUAAUGGAAUUUAAAAGUUUAGACAUUAACACUGACAAUAUCAUACUUUAAAAUACUCUCGAUAUAGGAAAUAAAAUAUUAAAAAUAAAACCAUGUAACUACUGGAUUGUAAAUGAGAUAGGGGUGAUCACCUAUAAGUGAAUGAGUCUUUGUUCUCCAUUGAUGAAUGGUAUAUUUUUGUUUGUUUUAUAUUGUCUUUAGUGAUAACAUAUUUUCCACUCGUUUGUAUUCAUAAUAGGUCAAAAAUUAAAAUAUAAUUCUAGAAUAUAUUAUUAACAAUAAGUUCCCCGCUUGCGACUGACAUUAUGCGACACUAGUCAAUUUUGUAUUCGAUUAAGGCCGGCGACAUACGAGACGUUUCAACCGCAUGAGUAAACACGCUUUAAUUGCUACAAGUGUAAUUGAAGCUACAGUGAAUGUCGUAUUAAAAAAAAACUGCAUAUGUACGUAAUUUUUAUUAUUUUUGCAUACCCCAAUCUUUUGUUCGUUAUUAAAACUACUGGUGUAUGCCAUCUCAAUAGUAACGGUAGGGUUACUUAUAGCAGCUUCCUUGUUUUUUGUCACUUGUUAGUAAUACAUAUUAGCGCUUGAACCUCUCGUAUGUCACGCGCCUAAAUUUUUAAGUCAAUUGUAUUAACAUUAGUUGAAAUUGUUGUGUAUCAAUGAUCAGCUUUUUUUUCUAUAAUCAGUUCAACUUAUCACGAACCAUUUGUGAUUUGAUUUGAGAUAUUAACAUAAGUUAUGAAAAGAAAAGUGGUUAUCAAUAAAUAGCAUAUUAUAAUUAAAACGAAGGACGGAAAUAUUUUUGUUUUAUAUAUAUGUAUACUCAAAUAUCAUAAAUCCUCCAUGAUGCGUUCAAGAAAUGCACAUAAUGAUCGCCAUAAAAUAGACUAUUUAGUUAGAACAAAUUUUUUAUCUGUAAAAAUGAUAAUAUUACUAAAUAAUAACAUCGAUUAAGAUAAUAUUAGAUUUUUCAUUCAAAUUUCGAAUAUCUCUGAAAAAAAAAAUAUUUUGACGUUUAGUUCGAAAUGCAUUGUCAAUUUGCAACUUAUCUGUGAACUAUUAAAAUUCAGAAGUAUCGCAUUAAAACACACGGAGCACUCGAAAGUAGUAGACACUGACAGUCGAAUGACAUUUCAACAUGGCGACCGUAGUUCCAAUUUUUGCCACUUCACAGAUAAGUUGGUUACUAUACGUAAGAAAACAUAUCGAACGAUAUGGUAGUUGGGGCCGACUGUAGUUUGUCUCUGAAUUACAAUAUGCGGCUCCUGAAUGCAUCAUGGAGGCUUAUAUGUGGGUAGAUUAGAAGUGUAUGUAACUGUACAUAAUUAGGCAUUAAGAUACUCGUGUUUGAUUCCCUUAUUCAUGUACAGUCACAUAAACUACUAUUACCUAUAUAUAUCUCCAGAAUAAGGUUUAUAAUCUUAAAAUAUAUUCAAACCACCACACAAUAUACUUCACCAAUCUUUACAAAAGACAAGAUAACUGGUAUCUUUAUAUGGGAAUAAGAGGGCAAUGCCUACGUAGUCACAAGAUAAUGCCAGCUCUCUAGUUGGGCGUACUUGUGAUUAUAAAUCAAUAGAAAAUAUAAAAACAAGCAGAUAAAUUAAAUUGAUUGCAGUUACGUGACUGAUAUGAAAAUUUACAGCCCAAUAUAGACGCGAAAUGGGCUGAUUAUUAUAGGAAUGAUAUAUCAUUAUCUUGAAUAAUUUAUACGUCUAGAUAGAUUACAGAGAACCGACGAAAACAGGUCAGGUUUAUUACUUUAGUGUACGUCUAGCUACGUCUUUCACUCGCGUUUUGUAUGUCACUUUGUGUAGUGUGCGUGCAUUGCUGUCAAUAAGGGCUAACUGUCAACCCAAUUUUCAAUGUUUUCGCAGCUGUCACAUGUCUAUCUAGACGUAUAAGUGAUCCAAGACCUAUAUGUGCUGCGAUUGAGUGUAUAAAAACGAAAAAUGUUUGGCUGAUGAAAUGAAAUUACAACAUCUUGUAGCUUCGGGCUUCCAUUGCAACUGCAAAUAGGGAAUAUGCAUAUUUUAUUCAAUACUUUACAUCACUAUAGUAUUAAAAAAUAAUAAUAAACGCUAUAAAAAUAAAAUAUUAAACUCCCGUAUAAAUAAAAUGUAAUAAAUCGAAAAUUGACACUGUACUAUGCUAUGACGUCAUAGUUCAUAAUAAUACAUAAGUAAAGUUUGUAUUCAGACUUUUACUUCACAUUCGCUCUUAUCAAUAGUGUCGCUUCAUAUAUUUUAUUUGUCUUCCGGUUCGUGGUCUCCAUUUGAGGACUUUUCUGCCCCACCGGUCCGUCGGACUGUGUGCCCUGCCCACUGCCACUUCAGUUUCGCAAUAAUUUGUGGUAUGUCGAUGACUUAAGUUCUCCUACCGAUCUCCUCAUUUCUGAUUCGAUCUCGCAGGGAAAGUCCGAGUAUAGCCCUCCCCAUUGCCCUCUGAGCAACCAUCAGCUUUCUCAUCAGACCGCACAAGAUCAGCAGUGUUAGCAGGCCCCCCACAAGAUGGACCGACGAUCUGGUCAAGAUCGCCGGAGUAGGUUGGAUGACGGCAUCGCAGGACCGAUCGUCAUGGCGAUUUUUGUGGGAGGCCUUUGUCUAGAACUAGACGUCUUCCGGCUAAUGAUGAUACUUAGAUUUUAUUUGACAGAAUUUUUAAGCGCUUAAUAAUAUCUUGAUCAAAAAAAUAUCCUUAAAGUUUUUUUAUGAUAUAAGGGACGAGACGAGCAGGACGUCCAGAUGAUGGUAAUUGAUACGCCCUACACAUUACAAUGCAGUGCCGCUCAGGAUUCUCGAAAAAGCCAUAAAUUCUGAGAGGCACUACAAUUGCGCUCGUCACCUUGAGACAAGAUGUCAUGAUGAAACAUAAGUCUCAUUUGCCCAGUAAUUUCACUAGCUACGGCGCCCUCCAGACCGAAAGUCAGUUAUGAUUAAACAUAACUGCUUCACGGCAGAAAUAGUCGCCGUUGUGGUACCCAUAAUCUAGCCGACCUCACACUGGUAAAAGUGAUACGACUUUAUUAAAAAUAUAUUUGAUUUAAAUUGAAAUAAUAUGCAUAUACCCUGUUGUAUUGAUUAGGUUAUAGUUUCAAAAUACGUACAUACAGCUAUAAUAUUGUAUUAAAGAAAUAUAUUUAAUUGGAUUUAAAUAUAUUUAAUUUAAAUUCACUGUAUUAAUCAUCGUAGUUCAGUGGAAUGUAUGUGCGAAAUUCGUCCGGGGAUUUGUACAGUUUUGUCUAUCAUGAGACACUAUGUCUUUGGUUGUUUUGUAAAGCGAUAUGACAAAAAAUGUUGAUUUACAGAAUUUAAUUACAUGAGAUUAAUGAAUUUCUAUAGUAAUGACUAGAGACCGGAUUAUAUGCAAAUUCGUAUUGCAUUUGCAACCUUUUCAGCGGUAGUUGCAUAUUUUAGAAAAAAAAUAUGCAUAUUAAUUACGGUCGCUCUCGCUCAUCGUUUGAUGCUUUUCAUAGUAAGCCCAAACAUUGCACCCAAAUAUAAAUUCUGCCCCGUAACCUCAGCAGACGUAGAACGCUCCUUUUUCGCUUUUGCUUAUAUCUUGUAAUAGUUUUUUUUUUCACAAAGACGAUUGUCAGUACAAGUAUUUAUAAAAGAAAAUAAAAAUAUGUAAAAAUAUAACUUUUUAUUUUUUCCUGUUUAAUUGUAUGCAUAUUUUAGCCCUUUUUAUGGAUUUACGUGCAUAUUUUAGUUGCAUAUUUUGGACAUUUUUUGUAGCAUAUAUUCCGGUCUCUAGUGAUGUAUAAUUUCAGCUUACACUAGCAAAUUCCUAAUAGUUAUUCACUCGUUUUUAAAUAUGGAUUUUGUGAUAUACUGGUGAAAAAUUUGAAUUUGAGAUUAUAUCUACUGAUAUGAAAUUAUAAUUUCGAUGUAAAUUCUAUAGAAGCAGGCUGAUUGAUUAUUGCUUUAAUUAAUAUUAAUUAUAAAGAAUGCCUAUAUUUAAAUUAAGUUUAUAUUUGAGUUUCUGUACACCACAUUUUUACGAUGGCAACACAAAGUUGUGAAUACAUUAUUAUGAAUUAAACUACGAAAUAUUCCGAUGUGUAAAAUGUUUUAUAAUCAUAGUAACCAUUCGUAAUUAAACGUGUAUUUCUAA